AUCAUGGCGGACAGAGACAGCGGCAGUGACCACGGAGGGCCUACCGCAGGCCCUGGCUCGCUGCCGCCGGGUGCGGUGGGAGCCAUGUCCCGGCUGCAGCACGACACCGAGGAGCUCGCCUCCAAGCGUGUCGACAUCCAGAACAAGCGAUUCUACCUUGACGUCAAGCAGAAUGUUAAAGGACGCUUCCUAAAGAUAGCCGAGGUCGGCGCUGGGGGGAACAAGAGCCGCCUCACGCUCUCCAUGUCGGUGGCCGUGGAGUUCCGCGAUUAUCUCGGCGACUUUAUCGAACAUUACGCCCAGCUGGGCCCGAGCAACCCCGACUUGGUGCAGGAUGAGCCCCGGCGGGCGCUCAAGAGCGAGUUCUUGGUGCGGGAGAAUCGAAAAUAUUACAUGGAUCUGAAGGAGAACCAGAGGGGGCGGUUCUUGAGGAUCCGGCAGACCGUUAAUCGGGGGCCCGGACUGGGAAGCUCGCAAGGCCAGACCAUCGCUCUGCCGGCGCAGGGUCUCAUCGAGUUCCGCGACGCUUUGGCCAAACUCAUCGACGACUACGGCGUGGACGAGGAUCCGGCCGAGCUCCCGGAGGGCACCUCGCUCACGGUGGACAACAAGCGCUUCUUCUUCGACGUGGGCUCCAACAAGUACGGCGUGUUUAUGCGGGUCAGCGAGGUGAAGCCCACCUACCGGAACUCCAUCACGGUUCCGUGCAAAGUGUGGUCCAAAUUCGGCAACACCUUCUGUAAAUACGCGGAGGAGAUGCGGAAGAUCCAGGAGAGGAGUCGAGAGAAACGGGCCUCGGAACUGCUACCCGAGGGGCCGCACGGCGCAGAUGACGGCGACGACGACUGACUGGACUGUCGGAGGCAGGACGUGAAACAAAACUGAGAACUCGUAAGUGUCAAGUGAGUGCAAAGAGAGAAGAUCUCCAAGGGAAUCACCCCCACCCCCAAGCCACCCGCUCCACACAAACACACACACACACACACACACACACACAAGCAACACCAUUUGACUGGAUGUCACCCACUUUAUCACCAUGUCACAGUAAGCGCUGCUAUCAAGGACUUUAACUGUAACAUUUAAACUGUUUCUUACUUGAUUUCAGUGGCAAUGAACAGUGUUUAUAUCUCUGUCGAAAGAUUUUGCACAUGUCAAAAGCUAUUUAAAAAACAAAAUUAAAUCAUAAUAAUCAAACUAUACGAAAGAUUUCACCUGAAAUGACAACACAGCUCUAUUUACGUAAAGAUAACAGUCUUCUCAUUGAAUGCCUAUUUGACAUCAGUACAAAGAGCAUAUUUAUCGCCUAUAUCCCUAAUGUAUAGUUUCAUAUAGAGGUACGCAAACUAAAUAUGGAAGCGCUCUACAGGUGUGUGACCUGCAGAAUGGCAAAAAUCUGUCUGCAUGCUUGUAGGCUCGUGUUCUGAACAGAGGUUUGGUAAAAUAGGCUAGAGCCUUUAAUGUGACCUAAAAAUGUCUAAUUAAAGCAUUACUAUUAUGCCUAAAAUAAUAAAAACUCCAGCUCUUAUGCAUAUCAAACAAAUGGGAUAAGUCUAUCUCCGUACUAUCAUAAGGAUCCGACCCUCUUGCACCAUCUCCAUGGAAAUUUCAGUGAAAAAAAGUGCUAACCUAGAUGAACUAAUUAUGAUUUUGUGAAUCAGCUGUAAAAAGAAAAUCUCCUUAUUAAGAUACCCACGUUUUCUGUGGGGGAAUUUUUGUUGCUUAUAGCCUCCCGGGAGGUGUGGGGGGGGCAAACGCAAAGGGUCCAUUUGAGGGUGUGCAAAGGUUCAAAUUAAGGAGGAUGGGGGGUGGUGGAAGACACGCCUGCGCAAUGCAGGCAUCCUCUCUGACAUCAUUACAACCCGUGCCUUAUACACUCCGCUCGUUUACGUGUCCUCACGUGGAUGGUCCGUGACCUCUGUCCACUUCCAUUUAUGAGUGCUGUUACAUAGGCAGAUAUAUCCUCCAUUUUGACCAGGGCUGCUGGAUCCAUACUUCCCUGUGGGCGCAUGGAUCAGGAGCAAUCACACCGAGAGUAAGGUGUUUUGCAUCCGCGAACGGCGGGGUGGGGGUGGGGAGGGGCCUUGCGGGGUAGUGAGCACGGUGAUUGCCAACUGGCUGCGUGGCAUCUCAUUCCUCGGAAUGCCUUGAGGCGGCCUAGAUGUUCUUGAGAUGUUGUCGGCGGCUUUGCGCACAGCAGGAUGUUAAAACAACGGCGGCGACGGAAACAAAAAAAAUAAUCUGCAGAGAUUCCACGAGACGGUUUGUCAGUGCAGGGCGGAGACAGAAGCUGUUAAAGAACCGGGCGAGGCGUCCUCGUGUCCUUUUAUCACUGCAGGCGCCGAGGCAGUUGAUCUCAUGGUGCUAUAGCCCCUCGAUUGCUUCUUUGCUUCACUUUGCAUAUACGUCAUUGUUCCUCCGAUUCCUCUUCCUUUUCCUUCGAGUUCUCACCCGCUUUGUCUUGUCCAAAAUCCUGUCAUGUUUCUCCCUCCCAGACAGAGGCGGAGCUACUCACAAGAGAGACAUUUCUUAUAAUAUACAUGCAUGCCGAUCGUGGCGUAGUGUCAUGUUUAUGGACUAACACAAAGAUGACAACAAUAAAUAGGUAUAUGAUCAUUUGAAAGCAUGGCAAUGUGCUUUACAACAACGUGAUGUGUUUUUUUUUUUUUUUUUUUUUUUUCCAGUGAGAAGUUCUGUAAAGCUUGGAAGAGUGUCUGGGAUUUGUAGCCUAGCAUGAACAACCCUCCAUUCCUUUAUUCCGCUCCAUAGACACUCAAUGUGGACAUGGCUUGCGUUCACUUUAGGGUCUUGCACACACACACACACACACACACACACACACACACACACACACACACACACACACACACACGCACACACACACAUAGCCUCCCCCUGCUGAGGCCUCAUGUUACUUUUGGAGUGUUUGGGAGGUCUGUGCAGUAUUUCCAACAAGGCCUCCUCUCAUUAGAAUCCAGGAGUGUGCUUGGGGACUGAGUGUGACCCCUUUCUCACCUGAGACCUCUGAUCACAGGACAUACAAAUUCAAUGUGUUCCAUGGUUUCACUUGAGCUAGUUAACUGAAGAGCUAGACGUUGACUGCUCAGACCUGUUAUGGAACAUACUCAAAUCAUUUUCGAGAAAGGUUGAAGGUUUGUCUCUUGAGUGUUGGUGAAAUGCCUGAAGAAGCCUGGCACUGCACUGUAAGGGCUCAACACUACCAACCUAUCAGGAUGGCUAUUAUUGAUUACCUUUCACAAUAAACCAUGGGGACAAAAUUCUGUCAUGAAUAGAAGUGUAUUUCUCACAUUGGCUCAUGAUUUGAACAAACUAGUAUUUAUUAAACAAACAUCCAUGGUAACUAUGACAGGAAGUCGUGUUCCGAAAGUGGAACUACAACUAUUUCUGUAAAUAUUACUUGGCCAAAUAUAAGGAGAGUCCAAGGCAACUCAUGAAUGCCUCGCUCAAUGAAAUGCACACAUUAUGUUUUGUUUUGCUAUUAACAUCGGCUGACAACAUCUGAUCGUUCCAUCGAUCUAGAAUAACCUUGCAGCCAUUUAUUGUGUCCUCCGUUUCCGGGGACUUGAAUGGAAAAUGAUAGUUUGAGCUUAUAUUCUUGGUUUGUUGGCUGGUGCAGUUAGCAUUGUUUUCGUUGUUCAUGCAGUAGUAGACAUUGUUAGCCCCCAUUUAUUUUUUUAUUUUUUAUUUUUUUUUGUCUGUUGAUAACAGUUUUUGCAAAUGUGAUGUAUAUGUCAUAGGGAUCGUCCAUGACCAUGUUUCAAAGCCAGUCUUUUUAAGAACCCCUUAAAAUCGACGAGCUAUUAAUGUUAAUGUACUGAGACGAGCACACAUUUAUGACAUCAAACAGCAACGUUCCAUGAAAUGUGGGUGGUGGCCUUCCUUUUACCAAAAUGGACAACCAACAGAACUUCCACUUCCAGAUUUCAGUGUCUCUCAUUGGCCAUGUGGAGUUCCUGGUUAACCACACAACCCAUAGCAGCCUCUGGUCACAUGACUCAACACAAACCACACACAGAGUAGUUCAUUCAGCACGUCUUCUGUUUGCACUCACACCAACUGUCUGGUCCAAAACUGGCAGACUGUAUAGGCUACUGUUGUGUAUAGAUGUGAAGGGAAAUGGAUCCCGGAUUUUAGGGGGCGCAGGGUUGGGGGAAGUGUCAAUGCACAAUGAACAUAUCCCAUGUCACCGUUUGGUCUGAAGCCCUUUACCAUUCCAUGUUAGAUAUGUUGUACCUUUUGAAAAUAUUUUAUCUGUGCCGUGUGUGUGUGUGUGUGUGUGUGUGUGUGUGUGUGUAUAUAUAUAUAUAUAUAUAUAUAUAUAUAUAUAUAUAUAUAUAUAUAUAUAUAUAAUAUAUGGUUUGUUAUAUAUGAUGCGCCUCCUUUCAGAAAAAAAUAUAACAAUGUAAACAGGAAAAACAUGUUGCGUUUUUCUUUUGCUUUGUAUAUUUAUACUUACAGAAAGCAUUGAAUAAAAAUGCAUACCUACUUGCACUUUAGAUAUAUUAAGAAAAAUAUAAAUCUGCAUAUUAUUUUUGAUAGGGAUAUAAUUCAAAGAAUAUUAAUUACAGGCUUUGUGACUAUUGCUGGUCAGAGAUGUAUUGAGUUGUACUUAUUGAAGUAUAUUUUGUCUGUGUGUCAGAAAGUUUACUGAAGUAAAUUGCAUGAUAAAAUAGUGCUAGCCACCAAUAUUGUUCUAUUUUAAGUUGGUAAAAAUGUCUGAAAACUGUGAGAACAACCCUAUUGUAUGUUACAACUCUCCUUGCCCUUUCUAGAGUAUUUCCUGUCAAAAUAUGGCCUUUCCUGACUACAUAACGAUGGUGCUUAUACUUUGACUUUGAUAUCAAGCUCAUCCUGUACAUCUCAACAUCAUCACGACUCGUGAUGUUACACUCCAUUCACCAACCUAUUCAAUUUAUGUUGAUGGCAAAAAAGAAAAAAGAAAAAAAAGAAAAGGUGUGCUGUUUUGUACAGUGCUGUUUAUUUUUAAUGUUUGGGGGAGUAUUGUUGUCUGAAAAAAAAUUCAUGCAAUAAAAGUUCAUUCCAUGUGUCCCUGUCGCAGCACACCUGUAUCAACACUACAUUUAUGGAU